CCCCGUUCGGAGCCGAUCCGGCCGCCGAGCCCGCUCCGCUCCGCCCGACCCGGCUCGUCAUGCGCCGGAGGGCACGCCGAAGCCGCCCCGCCGCGUAACACCAGGUGGCCGCCAUGAACCGGCACCCGAUCGGCGUGGCCGGCUACGACCGCAGCAACGAGUCGCACAUCAACGCCACGCGGCCGUUCACCUGCCACCCAGGCGGCACCACCGAGGCGGCCAUCAUCUUCACACUGGGCAGCCUCGGCGUCGGCGCCAACCUGGUGCUCAUGUUCCUCAUCCUCAGCAAGCGCUACCUGCGCCGGUGGUCGCUGGGUCUGCUGUUCCACCAGGCGCUGGUGGACAUGGUGCGCGCCACGCUGCUGAUCCCGCUGGGCGUCUCCAUCCUGAACUGCCAGCCGGUCGGCAAGUGCAGCAUGGUGGAGACGGCCUUCUUGCUGCUGGUCACAGCCAGUACCAUCAACCUGCUGACGACGGUGCUGAACGACGCGCCUCUGCAGCCCGACGACGAGGACGAGGACGAGCACAUUCCUCUGCUCAUGGAGUCGCCGCAGUGCGUGCUCUUCGGCAGCUUCAUGAUCUGGUUCGCCAGCAUCACCAUCAACUUGGGGCCGACCUUCCUGUCCGGUGCACUGGCGGCCAACAUCGAGGAGGAACACCACGCGCCCAGCUGCCCGCUCGUGGCCGGUCCGCUGCGACACUACGUGCUCAACGUGCUCUGGAUCAUGAUCAACGUGCUGUGCGUGAUCCUGACCAUCUUCCACCUGCACAAACUGUACCGUGACCUGGGCAAGUCGAACGUGCAGGCGGUACGCAUCGCCAGCCUGGUGACCACCAUGAUCAGCGUGUCGGCGCCCGACAGCGACAACAGGGACCCGCGCCGGGUCAGCACACACAUCCAGCGCAUGGAGCGCGAGGGCAUCGAGCGUGUCAAGAUGUUCGUGGUGAUCGUCAUCGCCUACCUCGUCUUCUGGGGACCGCUGUUCCUGGUCACGCUGGCCAGGCCCGGAGGCUUCUCUCUGCUGCCGUCAGGUCGACGCGCCGGUCUGCCGCACGAGGUGACACUGCACAUCGCCUUCGUGCACUCGUUCGUCAACCCGGCGCUGUUCCUGGCGCUGCACAAGGGGCUGCGGCGCGCCGCGCUCGACCUCAUCUGCUGCAACUACCGUGGCGGCGGCGAGGAGCGCGUCGAGGAGGAGACGUUCCACUCGUACCCGUCGCUCAGCCGCUCCUACCUGGCGUGA